AUUAUCAUUUUAGGUCUACUAUGCGAUUUACUAUGGUCCGAUCCCGAUAAGGAUGUAACUGGAUGGGGUGAAAACGAUCGUGGCGUCUCAUUCACAUUCGGUCCAGAUGUUGUGGCGAAGUUUUUGAACCGACAUGAUCUCGAUUUGAUAUGUCGAGCACAUCAGGUUGUUGAAGAUGGUUAUGAGUUUUUCGCUAAACGGCAACUGGUUACCUUAUUCUCCGCGCCAAACUAUUGCGGCGAAUUCGACAAUGCUGGUGGUAUGAUGAGUGUAGACGAAACAUUGAUGUGCAGCUUCCAGGUUUGUGCUUUUGAAUGGUGA